AUGCCGUUUGCGCCAAGCCUGCUCGGCCUUGUGCUCUGGGUGGCAACCCAUGGAGUUCAGGGCCUCUCUCUUUCUACUCGCUGCUCAGUCGAAGGCAUCAAUAGUUUCCUUGCGGAAGAUGAUAUGGCAGAGGUCUUGGUGGCUUAUUCAAUCAGCAGCAAUGGCAGUUUCGGUGAGGCAGGAAAUGUGGCAUAUCCGCAGAACGCAACUCAUCUGCCCUCGCUCUGUGCAGCAACUAUCAACAUCACAUCUUCGUCAACAUCAUCGUACACGUUUGGAGUAUUUCUUCCAGAUGAGUGGAAUAAGCGCUUUCUUGCUGUUGGUAACGGUGGCUUCUCGGGGGACAUCAACUGGUAUGCAAUGGGCACAGGCGCCAAGUACGGCUUUGCAACCAUCUCGACAUCAACUGGCCACAACUCAACAUCUCAGGACAUGAGCUGGGCGCUCAAUAACCCAGAGACAAAAGCUGACUGGGCUGGUCGCAGUCUCCACGGUUCGACUAUUCUGGCCAAGGCAAUUGUGGCGGGGUACUAUGGAAACGCGGCAAGAAAGUCCUACUAUUCUGGCUGCUCGACGAAAGGGCGUCAGGGUGUCAAAUCAGCGCAGGAUCAUCCGGAGGACUUUGACGGUAUUCUCGCUGGUGCUCCGGCGGGGAUGUCUACGAGCCAGCAGUUGUGGCAGCUCAAAGUCGGCGCCAUCAACCUUCCGGUGGACGGACCUGGAUACCUCCCCAAUGCUUUGUUCGAAGUGAUUGGACAGGAGGUCUUGCGGCAGUACGACGGUUCUGAUGGCGUUGACGACGGUGUCAUUAUGGAUCCUAAGCAUUGCAACUUUCGACCCGAGAAGCUUCUCUGCACAUCCAGCCCAGUCAAUCGAUCGGCAUGUCUCACAGCGCCGCAAGUGUCGACGCUGAAACAGUUAUAUCUGCCCCUGAUCCAGCUGGAUGCAGAUGUCAAUAAUCUGACUUACAUUUACCCCAACUUCGGCCUUGGAUCCGAGGUGCAGAUGCUGUCUUCGUUCGGUCCCAACAAUGAGCCGAGUUUGUAUGGAACAGACUACGCAAAGAACUAUCUGUUCGACGAUCUGGACUGGGACUGGAAAGUCAAUUUCAAUUACUCCACUUUUGUCGAGGCGACAAAGCGCAACCCCGGGAAUGUCAACGCGAACAACUUCAACCUAUCAACCUUUCAUGGACGCGGCGGUAAGCUGGUCCAAUACCACGGGUAUGCUGACGGUCUUAUCCCUACGGACGUCAGCCGGGUCCUUUACGACGAGACGUGGAUGGCGAUGGCAGAACAAGGCAUUGAUCUGGACGACUUUUACCGUCUUUUCCUUGUGCCGGGUAUGCAGCAUUGCUCGGGGAGCAUGUACGACGCCCCGUGGUAUUUUGGAGCCAGCGAGCACUCGUCCAACUUGGAGGCAAAUGGGCAGCACGUGUUUCCUGUGCCUGGUCUCGAUGACCCACAGCAUGAUGCUCUGCUUGCGCUGGUUUCUUGGGUAGAAGGGGGAAAAGGCGUUAACGAACUCGUGGCGACCAAGUACGCCAAUGAUACUGUUAGUUAA